UGAUAUAUGUUUACUAUACAAAUAUUUUAUUAUUUUAUUGAUUUAUUUGUAGGUAAAAUUAGAAGAAAGAAAAAAACAAAAGAAAGGAAGUAUGACACACAAAUGAUGAAGCCCAAUGUGUCCUACAGCUACACACAUACAUCUAAAGAAUUAAAAGUUUGGAAGCUGGGCCAAGGAAAAACACGCAGCAUUGUGAGUGAGAGGGGGAGCUAUGAAGGAAAUUGGAGAACACAGCAGACAAACGAAACCAACCAAGAAAUCAGGCGGCACAAAAUCAAGAAGCUGAAUUAAUCAAAUCUAAUAAGAUAGAAUAUUAUCUUUUAGAUUCUUAUCUUUGGAGAUGAUGAACGAGAUUUGCGGAACAGUUUUGAUGAUAAAUAGAGGAGAACAGAACACAUAGAGGGAUAUAGCCGAUUGGGGAGAAAAACGCAACGAGCAGACGAAUCUAAUUCAUCUGUCAAAUUGGAAAAUUGAAAAAACAGCUCGAGCACUAAAGAAACAGAAGAAGUUGUUGUCCUUGGAACAACAACAGAAUCUUAAUUUCAAUUUUUUAUUUUCUGAAGUAAGUGACACAAAUUCGGAAAACAUGGGAGACGAAGAUGCUACAAAAUCUUUGCGUGAUUUUGCUAUCUCGAAUGCUAGCGGAGCAGCUUCAAGUAUUGUAAGACCUACUAUCGCUGCUAAUAACUUUGAGCUUAGUCCCGCUUUAAUUCGAGUAAUUCAACAAGAUCAAUUUAGUGGACUAGAUAAUGAAGACCCUAAUGACCAUAUCACUACUUUUCUUGAAAAAUGUGAUACUUUAAAGCUAAAUGGAGUGACUGAUGAUGCUAUCAGACUUGGUUUAUUUCCGUUCUCACUUAAAGAUAAAGCUAAAAAGUGGUGGAAAUCUAAUCCACCUAAUUCAUUUACAACAUGGGCCGCAUUAUCUCAAGCUUUUCUCAGUAAAUAUUUUCCUCCUGGAAAAACUGCUAAGUUUAGAAACGAUAUAAUUAGUUUUGUUCAACUUGAUGAGGAGUCUUCAUAUGAAGCAUUGGAAAGGUUUAAAGAUUUACAACGUAAAUGUCCUCAUCAUGGUGUUCCUGAUUGGUUGCUUGUGCAAACUUUUUAUAAUGCUCUUAAUGAAUCUGUUAGAAUAACUAUAGAUGCAGCCGCCGGAGGUGCAAUAAUGGGUAAAACUACUGAAGUAGCUAAUAGGUUACUUGAAGAGAUGGCUUCGAAUAAUUAUCAUUGGUCUAACAAUAGGGGUAAACCAAAGAAUACCGCUGGUAUGUAUGAAGUAGAAGGAAUUAACAUGUUAAAUGCAAAAGUUGACAACUUAGUCAAUUUGUUUACUAAAAUGAGUAAUGUCAAUUCUGUGUCUACUAUUAUACCAUGUAAUAUGUGUGCAGGUGCUCAUUUAAGCGGUGAAUAUGCUAAUGUGGAGCAAGCUCAAUAUGUUUCUAAUUUUAAUAGACACCCACAAAAUGAUCCUAUUCUAAUACUUAUAAUCCAGGCUGGAGAAACCAUCCUAAUUUCUCUUGGAGGAAUCAAGGAAAACAAAAUGUUAAUGUUAAUUCAAAACAUCCACCUGGCUUCCACCAAAAACAACCUCAACAAGAAAAUAGACCAUCAUGGGAACUAGCUAUUGAAAAAUUGGAUAAUACUACUUCUGAAAGAAUUGAAAAGUUAGAAAGGAAAGUAGAUCAGAUUGCUAUUUCUAAUAGAAAUGUAGAACUUCAACUUGGACAAUUAGCUAAUGCCAUUAAUUCAAGGAGUCAAGGAUCUUUGCCUAGUAAAACAGAUGUAAAUCCUAAAGAACAUUGCAAAGCCGUGACCUUAAGAAGUGGUAAGCAACUAACACAAGUAGAAGAGUCAAUUGACAAAAGUAAGGGAGUUAAGGAAAAUGAAAAGGAGGGUGAGGAACACGUUGAAACUGAACAUGAAAAAUCACCUUCUCCACCCCUGCCAAACCUUAUGUGCCUCCUAUCCCCUUCCCUCAAAGGCUUAAAAAGAAUAAAACGGAAUCAAUAUGAAAAGUUCAUGAACAUGUUUAAGCAAUUGCACGUUAAUAUUCCAUUUGCCGAUGCUUUGACCCAAAUACCUGCAUAUGCUAAGUUUCUAAAGGAUUUAUUGCUAAAAAGAGAAAAUUGGAGGAUUAUGAAACUAUUGCCUUGACUGAGGAAUGUAGUGCCGUAAUUCAGAAUAAACUUCCUCCAAAAUUGAAGGACCCAGGAAGCUUUUCUAUUCCUGUCACUAUAGGUGAAAUAAAUUUUUCUAAAGCUCUAUGUGAUUUGGGUGCGAGUGUAUCUCUUAUGCCACUAACUAUUUGCAAAAAGUUAGGAUUAACGGAUAUAAAAUCUACUACUGUUUCAUUACAACUUGCUGAUAGGUCAAUUAAAUAUCCGUUGGGUGUGAUUGAAAAUGUCUUAAUGAAGGUGGAUAAGUUUAUAGUUCCUGUGGACUUUAUAAUUCUUGAUAUGGAUGAAGAUGUUGAAGUUCCCAUCAUUUUAGGCAGACCCUUUUUAGCUACUGCAGGUGCUGUUAUUGACGUUAAAAAUGGAACUUUAACCUUUAAAAUUGGUGAUGAAGAGGUCAAAUUUAAUGUGUUUAAAUCUGUGAAAUUUCCUUCUUUUACUGAUCAUGUUUUUCAAGUUGAUGUGCUUGAUGAGAUAGAAGGGCAGACGACUAAUAAAGUGUUGUAUGAUGAUCCUCUCCAAGCAUUCUUAGAAAGUGCAGAUUUCGGAAGCACAGAAGUAAAUGAAAUAGCUCUGACAUUGGAGGCAUGUCCUCCAUGGUGGAAAAAAGGUAAUAACUUUGAGGAGCUCGGUAAAGGUAAGCCUCUUCCUCCCCCAUCUGUAGUACAAGCCCCUGUUUUAGACUUAAAACCACUCCCUGCCCAUCUAAAAUAUGCAUAUAUGUAAGUGAAAAUGAUACUCUGGCAGUGAUCUGCGUGUUUUAAGAGAAAGAAAAAGGGCCAUAGGCUGAACUAUUUAUGAUUUAAAAGGGAUUAGCCCUUCUGUUUGCAUGCAUAAAAUACUUAUGGAAGAUGAGUUUAAACCUUCUAUUCAAAAUCAAAGAAGGCGAAAUCCUAAUAUGCAAGAAGUAGUUAAAAAAUAAGAUUUGAAAUGGUUAGGUGCUGGAAUAAUAUAUUUUAUAUCUGAUAGUCCUUGGGUUAGCCCAGUGCAAGUCGUACCUAAAAAGGGUGGAAUCACAGUAGUACCUAAUGAUAACAAUGAACUAAUUCCUACUAGAACAGUCACUAGUUGGCGAGUUUGUAUUGACUAUAGGAAACUUAAUAGUGCAACUCGUAAGGACCAUUUUCCCUUACCUUUUUUAGACCAAAUGUUAGAGAGAGUUGCUGGACAUGAGUUUUGAUGCUUCCUUGAUGGGUACUCUGGUUUCAAUCAAAUUCCGGUAGAUCAGGAGAAAAUCACAUUUACAUGCCCUUACGGUACUUAUGCAUUUCGUAAAAUGCCUUUUGGUUUAUGUAAUGCCCCUGCUACUUUCCAACGUUGUAUGAUGUCUAUAUUUUCCGAUUAUAUUGAAAUGAUUAUGGAGCUCUUUAUGGAUGAUUUUUCUGUUUUUGGAUCCUCCUUUGAUAAUUGUUUAGUUAAUCUAUCUCUUGUCUUACAACAUUGCGAAGAUACUAACUUAGUUUUAAAUUGGGAAAAAUUUCAUUUUAUGGUACAAGAAGGUAUAGUACUUGGGCAUAAAAUUUCUGUGAAUGGUAUUGAAGUUGAUCUCGCUAAAAUUGAAGUAAUUGAAAAACUACCUCAACCUAUUAAUGUCAAGGGAAUUAGGAGUUUUUUAGGACAUGCGGGGUUUUAUAGACGUCUCAUCAAAGACUUUUCUAAAAUUUCCAAACCCUUAUGUGAUUUAUUAAAUAAAUAUAUUCCCUUUGACUUUAAUAUCAAUUGUUUAAAUGCAUUUAACAAGUUAAAGCAUGAGUUAGUUUCAGCACCUAUAGUUGUACCUCCUGAUUGGUCUUUACCUUUUGAAUUGAUGUGUGAUGCGAUUGAUUAUGCUCUUGGUGCUGUUUUAGGCCAACGAAAAGAUAAAAAGUUGCAUGUUAUUUAUUAUGCUAGUAAAAUGCUCAAUGAUGCUUAAUUAAAUUAUGCAACUACUGAAAAGGAAUUACUUGCUGUGGUUUUUGCGAUAGACAAGUUUAGGUCGUAUUUGAUUGGUUCAAAAUAGUAGUUUACACGGAUCACUCUGCUUUGAAGUACUUGUUAAAUAAAAAGGAUGCUAAACCUAGACUUAUUCGAUGGAUUCUUUUAUUGCAAGAAUUUGAUUUGGAAAUUAAGGAUAGGAGAGGUAUUGAGAAUCCAGUGGCUGACCAUUUGUCUAGCUUGAAAUUUGAUGUUGUUUCUGAUAUACCUAUUAAUGAUAUGUUUCCCGAUGAGCGAUUGCUAGCAAUAGUUAAUAUCCCUUGGUAUGCUGAUUUGGUGAAUUUUCUAGUAAGUGGUAUUAUACCCCCUAAGUUAACUUAUCAUCAGAAAAGGAAAUUCUUUUGGGAUUCUAAGCAUUAUUUUUGGGAAGAGCCUUUGCUAUAUAAAUUUUGUGCUGAUGGAAUUAUUAGAAGAUGUGUGCUUGAAGAAUAUGUUUCAAAUAUAUUGCAGCAUUGUCAUUCAUUAGAAUGUGGAGGUCAUUUUAGUACAAAUAAAACAAUUUCUAAAGUUUGGCAAUGUGGAUUUUAUUGGCCUACUAUGUAUAAGGAUUCUAGAGAGUUUGUUAGUAAAUGUGAUCGAUGCCAAAGGGUAGGAAAUAUUUCUAGAAGAAAUGAGAUGCCUUUGAAUAUUAUUCUUGAAGUUGAAUUGUUUGACCUUUGGGAAUAAACUAUAUUGGGUCCUUUCCUCCGUCCUUUAACAAUAGGUACAUACUAGUGGCAGUAGACUAUGUAUCUAAAUGGGUUGAAGCUAUACCUACUCAAACGGAUGAUUCUAAGGUUGUCAUGAAAUUUAUUAAGAAAAACAUCUUUUCUAGGUUUGGAGUUCCUAGGGCAUUAUUAAGUGAUGGAGGCUCUCAUUUUAGUAAUAAGCCACUUGACAGUCUUUUAAGGAAAUAUGGGGUUAAGCAUAAAGUAGCAUUACCAUAUCACCCCAAACUAAUGGUCAAGUUGAGCUUGCUAAUAGAGAGUUGAAGCUUAUUUUGGAGAAAACCGUCAAUAGUUCUAGGAAAGAUUGGGCUAAUAAAAUCGAUGACUCAUUGUGGGCAUAUAGGACAACCUUUAAGACACCAUUAGGCAUGUCUCCAUAUAGCAUAGUAUAUGGAAAAUCAUGUCAUUUACCUGUAGAAAUAGAGCAUAAGGCAUAUUGGGCAAUUAGAGAGUUAAAUAUGGAUCUUAAGGCUGCUGGAGCUAAUAGAUUAUUGCAAUUAAGUGAGCUAGAAGAGUUUAGGUUAAAGGCUUAUGAGAAUUCUAAGAUUUAUAAGGAGAAGACAAAACUUUGGCAUGAUAAGCAUAUAAAUCAUAAGGAAUUUAAGGUUGGACAACAAGUUUUGCUCUUUAACUCACGUCUAAAACUUUUUCCAGGAAAGUUACGUUCUAGAUGGUCUGGUCCUUUUACAAUUGUUAAAGUUUAUCCAUAUGGCUCUGUUGAACUACAAGGUGAUUCUGACACUUUUAACGUUAAUGGUGCACGACUGAAGCCUUACUUGGCUAGCGAGAUGGUGCCCAAUGCAGUGACAUACUCCUUGGAAGAUCCUUCUGAAGCAUCAAUACUAUGGUGGUCAAGCUUGCGACUUAAAACAAGCGCUACUUGGAAGGCAACCCAAGCCUUUUAAUUACUUAUUUAAAUUUUCUCGCUUAAUUCUCUUUACGCUUGUUCUUUUUGCUUUUCUUUUGCAGAUCUCAGACACUAAUAAAUGAUAAUAAAGCUGUGAUAUAACUAAAGAUGAGUCUCUAUAUGCACGUUGCUAUAUGCGGCCCUGCUUGCUGCUAAGCUACUGCUCCUGCUUGCUGCUAAGCUACUGCUCCUGCUUCUGUGGGCUCUGCUACUGUGUCUGUCACCAUUCUCACAAUAAUUGACAUAGAGUUGUUGGCUUGCUACUAAGUAUGUUGCAUGAGAGGCGUCGUCUCGCACCCCAGGUUGUUUCUCUCUAAGUCUUUUACAGUGCCACAUUGCUUCAUAAAACCCGAGUUUCUGAACAUUGAGGACAAUGUUUGAAAUAAGUGUGGGGGAGAGGCUUGAGCCCAAUUUUUUUGAAUUAUCGCUUUAUGAUUUGAUAUAUAGCGCUGGGAAUAGCUGAAGUAGAGGUUUAGGAAACAACUUUCUGAUUUGCUGUUUUGGAUAUGUUCGUUUUAUAGGGGAGGUUCUGUCAAAAUUUGCAUAGACUAUCAUAUGAAUAUUCACAUACUACAAUUGUUAUCUAACAUUGACUUCAAGGCAAUUCUAUUUGUAAAACUCGACUGAAAUGAAAAAAAAAAAUGAGUUUUUGAAAAUGAACUUUCUUACGUUUUCCAUUUUGUCGCAAGUUAAAGAGUAUUUUUGAGCUGAUAUGGAGAAUUGCAUAGUAUCAUUGUGUAAGUGUCUGGCAAGUGGUGAGACUGGUUAUUUAAGAUUUGAUUAUGAUUUACUUGGUGGACAUUUAUAACCAAUAAUGUGAGACUUUUUGAGCCUUUUAAUAGACUAAAACAUUUAUCUUAGUCUCCAUUUUUUUUUUGAGUGUAUGCUAGUUCCUGGUGAAGUAUUGACUCUUGAAUUUGCCUUGGUUUCUUCGAGACCACAUUGAAACUUGAGCAUACAUAAAAAUGAUGAAGUCAUUUGUUUGUUGAACCACAUUAAGCCUAAGCCACCUACGUUAUUAUUAUAUCCCUUUCUAAAGCCCAAGUGAGCCUUAAGCUUAAUUGUUUUGUAUAAACCGCAUUACAAGCUUAUAUCCUAAACACAACUUUUACCUAAGCUUUGAGCUAGUGGAGUAUAUGGAUGUAGUUUAAGUGAAAUUAUUUGUCGUUUAUAUAUAUGUACGUAAUAUCAUUAUUUUUCAAUUUUGUUCAGUCAAAAAAAAAAAAAAUCAUAAAUGAAACAAAAUUGAUGACAGAAUAUGAAAAGAAAAUAAAGAGAGAAAAUAAAGAAAAGGUUGAUAUUUAGAAUGAAAAUGAGUUCGGGAAAGUUUAUUAUUGGAUACACAUAUUGUUAAUAUUUGACUAGAUGGAGUUUUAAUUGUUGCUAUUACUUUUGGCCUUAUUAUAGAAUGUAUACUCCACUAGUCUUAAAGCUUUUGAGCACCAAAUCCCAAAUACUUCCUACCUCUUACUUGAGCCUUACAUUACAACCUUACUAAAGUCCUUCUGAUUUUUGUAUGCUCUAUGUCUUCUCAGUGGUGGAGAAUUGAACGAUAUGCAAAUUUAAAGAAGAAAUAUUUCAUUCCGAGUCGACUUUAUAGGUUUUGAGUGAUAAUUAUUAUGACCCCAAAUACAUGAGAGAUAUGAAUUUAUAUUUAUUUUUAUUUGCACAACUAAAGUGAGGGUUUACCAAGUUAAUUACAUACAUUACUAAAAUUUUGAAAAUGGUUGUGGUAAGAUGUGUUGAGAAUGCUAAUACAUGAAGUACUAUGCGAUUUGAAGAGUUGGUUAAUCUUUUGCUUGUUUGCUUGCGACGCAUAAGCACUGUUUUUGAACUAAAAUUGUUUUUAUAAAUUCUUUACCUAUAGUUUUGCGAAAACUUUCAGUUGUGUUAUAACCAUUUACUCCCUCCGUCCCAUAAUAUAGUGCUUACUUCUCAUUUUUCACAAGGAUUAAGAAAAAUGGAAGGAGUUUUAGUAUUUCACAAAAACAUAUAUUUAAGUAAAUGUUUUUGGGUACUUUUGUCUUGAAAGUAGUUUUUUUUCUUCUUUUUCCUUUAAAAUAAAAUGAAAGAGCAAUAAAUGUUCCUUGGAAUGGUGUAAAACAAUAAAUAGGGGCAUAUAUUUUAAAAGAAAGGUAGGGGUAUUUUGAAAAGUUUUAUGUAGGAAUGAAGGCUAAUUUAGUCCAAACAAAUUGAUAAAAAGGAAAAUAGGCACAACAUUUUGGGACACCCAAAAAGGAAUGCAAGCACUAUAUUAUGGGACGGAGGGAGUAUAAUAGAAAUUGCCUGAAAAGUCAUUCUACUGUUUCAUUUUGACAUUGGCCAGUAUUCUAUAGUCCUAGUUUGCUCGAGGACUAGCAAACCUUAAGUGUGGGGAAGUUGAGAAGUCUCUAUUUUAUACAUGAUUUUUGUCCGUUAUAUUACUUUUUAGUAUAAGUUUCGAGACUUAUAAUAGAUUUUCUUCUACUAUUUUAAUAUUAUAACAGUUGAGUUACUUGAGUAACAAAGUUGAUUUAAAAUAAGAAAUAUAUACUCAAUAAAUUACUUGUUUGAUUCUGCUACUACUUAUACAUGCUAAUUUCGCUUAUUUAAUAUUUAUAAUAUGGUAUAUGUUUACUAUACAAAUAUUUUAUUAUUUUAUUGAUUUAUAUGUAGGUAAAAUUAGAAGAAAGAAAAAAACAAAAUAAAGGAAGUAUGACACACAAAUGAUGAAGCCCAAUGUGUCUUACAGCCACCCACAUACAUCUAAAGAAUUAAAAGUUUGGAAGUUGUGCCAAGGAAAAACACACAGCAUUGUGAGUGAGAGGGGGAGCUAUGAAGGAAAUUGGAGAACACAGCAGACAGACGAAACCAACCAAGAAAUCAGGCGGCACAAAAUCAAGAAGCUGAAUUAAUCAAAUCUAAUAAGAUAGAAUAUUAUCUUUUAGAUUCUUAUCUUUGGAGAUGAUGAACGAGAUUUGCGGAACGGUUUUAAUGAUAAAUAGAGGAGAACAGAACACAUAGAGGGAUAUAGCCGAUUGUGAAGAAAUCUGUCAAAUUGGAGUUUAUUUCUCUUCUCUCUUAGUUAGUUUAUGUUUAAUUAUUAUGUUUAAUUUCAGAUUUUUAGUUUCAAUUGGUUUGUUUGAUUUAGUUUUUAUGUCUAGCUAAAUUUCUAUGUUCUAGGACUAGAUGUAGUCUUUUAUUUUUCUGUCAAUGAGUUGAACUAAGUUGUUUGGAUUGAUUUAUUUUUAUUGCAAUUUGAUAAUUUUGGUUUGA